UUUGCCUGACAGCAGUACUACCACAAACCUCGCGGUCAUUAUCAAAAAUUUCAUGCCAUGAAAAAAUGUUUCAUCACUAAAGUGUGAUUUUUUAUUAAAAAAAGAUCAGCGGGGCAUAAUGGAGACGUCCUCCAAGUUCUUUCUCACUGUACCAAAGCAAAAACUGAAGAGUAGCAGUAAUGAAACCUCUCCUCUUCUCCCUAAAUGUGCGGGUGAUGUGGGCCGAGAAUCUACGCCACCAUCAACUUCCUCAAGAAUCUGUGGAUUCCUCAGCCAGGUCACAGUCGAGCCUGUCGCUUUCUUGACUGCCGUGUGCCUCGGCAUAGAAAUGGUCUUCCUCGUCAACCUUUGGGUUGACAAAACGUGUCAGUAUCUUGGUUACAGUGAACAUAUUUGUCAGCAGUUGGACUCUGGAAGUUUCCCUACAGAGCAAGACGCCGUUCAGAGGAAAGUUAAUGAAUUGAAAAAUGUGUACGGUCUUUGGAUCAAGUACAUACCAGCUACGUUUGUUGUAAUAGUACUCGGAGCCUGGAGUGAUAUUCGUAACCGCCGACUGCCAAUAUUCCUCUCCACAUUUGGAUUAUUCUUGAAAGCUACGGGUAUCUUUUUAAACUCUUUCUGGCGAAGCCUACCUCCUGGGUACAUUUUGUUGGCGUUGGUGCCGACAGGAAUUUUUGGAGGCUUAAUGGCACUCAUUCAAGGAUGCAGCGCUUAUAUCAGCGUUAUUUCGUCCAAGAGAUCUCGCACCUUCCGCAUGGCUUUCGUGAACAUGUUAAUGCUCCUUGGUGCACCUGCUGGAAAUGCGGUCGGGACAUUCAUAUAUAACAGCUAUGGCUAUAAUUUCGUUUUCGGAGCAGAGAUUGUUAUAUACAUUGUUUCUAUGUUGUACAUUGUAGCCCGACUAGAGAAACAUCCAGGGACUGACUCCUUACGACACCAACCACAUUCGAGUGUGUUAAAGGUGUUGUCGCCGUCAAGUCUGGUGAAACCGUUCUCGGUGCUAUUCAAGAAACGUGAGGGAGGUGCACGAGGCCACAUCCUCGGUCAUGUCAUCAUCAUCUGGAUCCUCCUGUUUGAUACAGGAGUGAUGAACUUCGACUUCUUAUACACACGGAAGAUGUUUGGCUGGGACCACAACACAUUCACUAUCUGGUCCAUCACAAAGUCAGCUAUAUCGUGUUUAGGAACCAUAGUGGUCGUUCCAUUCCUGAGUUACGUGAAGCAAGUGAAUGACUCCGUGUUGGGCUUCAUGGGGGCUGCGUCCUUCAUGUUUCGUAACAUCAUCGCAGGCACGGCUCCUGCCCCAUGGGUCCUUUACAUAGCGGUGGUAGCAGGCGUCUUCACUAACUUUACCUUCUCGGCGUCCCGAGGGAGGCUCUCCAAGUUAGUGGCGGCCGAGGAGUUGGGGGCCAUCUUCGCUGUGGUGGCCAUGGGCGAGUCCAUCAUGCCCGUCAUAAAUGGACCCUCCUUGUCCUUCAUUUACAACGCCACGCUCGAGGUCUUCCCUGGCACCAUAUAUGCCAUCACAGGCAGCUUAUUCGCCGUCAUUUGUUGCAUCUACACUUGGUUACUGACUCGUCCUGAACAGCUACUGGCCAACUAACAAGUAGGGCGACCAGUCUCGUCUCCCGCCACAGAACCAGUUACCAACUCCUGUCUGUUACCAGUCGUUAGCUCAACCAGUCUCUCUUCUGUAUAGUGGCGUAUGUAUGGAAGAAACACAGAGAAAGUUGUGCUACCUUUGCCCCACCAAUAGUUACUCUACUCACUAGCACCAAAUAAGAAUUCGCUCAAUUGCAUACAAGGGCUGUUGAUUCCCGUUAACGUGACUUGAGAGUGAUAAAGGUAAUCCUGCCUCAGUGCGUCAGGUCUCUUUACAACUCAGGCGUAAACGACUCCAGCUAGAAGGGGAAGAGUUCCCUCGGGCCACCUCUUCCCAGCCGGGUUGUUAGGUAAAAUUCAGGUUAUCUAGUUUGAGCCCCUUCGUUCCCUACAUACAGUUACUCCUUAGCUUUUUUGUAGCGUGGUCGGCGGACUCUGUGCCCGGGACGUCCAGCCAGUGGGGCACAGGCGACGAUCUCGUAGGCUCACCCGGCAAAUCAGGGUACAACCAGCCGGUCAAUCCGAUCAUCGACCUGGAUGUUAGAUCCUACUGCUAUCAGUAACACCACCAGCCAUCAUCCAUUAGUCGCCAAGUUAACUUCUCGAAAACCUGGAAUAAUCCACCCAUUAACCACGGAGCAUACCCCCUUCCCCAUCCCUAUCUAAUCACUGUACGUAAUUGAACUGAACUUGUGAAUAAUGUCGAUGUCGGUCUCAAGAUAUGUGAGCACGUGAACCUUUUGUCCUGGGUCAAUGACUGGUCACAUAUUCAAAGCAGAAUAUUCCGAAAGUGUAAUGGUUACAUUUGUAAAUGAAGUGAAACUCAAAUUGGCGAAAUAAAAGAAUAAAUCUUGGAGCUCGUAUAUUUUGGCUGAAGAGAGUUCUAGUAUUUGGACUGAAAUAUAGCAGCUCCAAGAUUUAUUCUUUUAUUUCGCCAAUUUGGGUUUUAGCUUCAUCUACUGAUAUAUUUUAGAAUUUAUAACUAAUCAUAAACUUAACUAAAAUUUCAUGUACUGUAUUUUAUUUCUUAAAUACUACCUUACAGUUUACUUUAAGUCUACAUUAAACACAGUAUAUUUA